AUGGAAGUGAAAACCGCAAAGGCAUUGGAUAGGAUUGCACUCAAAUUGAAGAGAAAGGGAGUUACCCAAUAUGCUGCACAUAUAUGUGGAGCUUCACAACCAACAGACGGGGUUGUCAAACAGAUAAAAUUGGGUGAAUAUAGCAAAAGGAUUGCAAAUGUUGGUUCACAUAUUGGGUAG